AUGGAUAAAUAUUUGGAUGGUUUACGGAGUAUGCGUUUGUAUCGCCAGGCUAAUACAUUACCUACCACUUCCAGUCCACAUCACUUCACGCUGGAAAGUGUUGCUAGUUAUACUAUGGAAUUAGACGUGGGAGAUCGGCGUGGAUUCAGCACUUUCACUCUUCGCGGAGUUCCUGUCUUCCUUGUCGAUGCAUUCAAUUUCCUUCGUCUUAACGGUCUCGAUGCCAGUGGCAUUUUCCGAAAAGAAGGGAACAUUAGCCGACUCAAGUCUUUUUCGAUACAAACAUUCUUUGGUAGCGUAGUUUUGCCGGAAGAUUGUACCACGCACGAUGUAUGUUCACUUAUUAAGCGAUUUUUUCGAGAAUUGAAAGUACCUCUCUUUGCUCAGAUGCAAACACAGCUGCUGGAUGCUGCAUCAAUUUAUGAUGGAGCUCAACGUAUCGAAAAACUUCUGGAGGCUGUACGAAUGUUGCCUCCGGAACAUUUGGCAACAUUAACUUUUUUAAUGCGGCAACUAAAAUAUUUUGGAGAUCGACAUGAGGGUCACCAGAUGACAGUUGAAAAUAUUGCGCGCGUUUUUGCUCCAUCUCUUUUCCGAGACGAUCCACCACUUGCACCUAAUAAAAGAAAGAGAGGAUCUCAGGAAGAUUUAAUUUCGAAUGUGCGAAAUGAAAAUGAACUUCGUAUUGCAAUUAUUGUUGAUCUGAUUGAUAAUGCGCAUAAAAUUGGUGUGCCGCGUGAUUAUUAUCUGGCGUCACGUCGUCCUUCUGAUGUCUCGCAAAAAAUUUUCAAAGGAAGAUUUAUGGGAUACGUUGGAAUGCGAAGUGUUUCUGCCAAGCCAUCAUCUAGGAAUACGGCAUCAAUGGCAUCGGUUAAGCAAAAAGCUGAGACUCGAAAAGAAAAGAAACUAGAGAAACAGCCAUCAGGAAAGUUUGCUGAAUUAUGCAAGGUUAAAACACCGCGGGAACGGCGCUCAUCGUCUACAGUUCGUGACUUUUUCUCAAAUAUUUCGAAUAAAGUUUUACGCCGUGGGUUAUCUCCACUUGCAUCAGCACGACGGCGUUGUUCAGCAGGCGAUGUAACCGAUGAUGAAUCUCUGAGAGAAAAUAUAGCUGGAUUGGAUGCUGCAACAGCCAAAUUUUGUGUCCGUGAAUACACUGACACCUGUGAUGCUGCCCAACACACCUCCAGAAUAAAGUUUGAAAAUGAAGAAUUGUCACCGGGAAGUAAUGGCUCAAACAUAAAAGGCUGUAUAACAUCAUCUUUAUCGAACAUCAUCUCUUCCCCUCAGAAAACUGGGAAGCGUUGGCAGACGACUUUGAUGGAAGCUAAUAUUUGUACUCCAUCAAGCAGAAAAGAUAAUACGCCUUCAAUUUUGGCAAAAAGUUCAAGACAUCGUUCACGUCGAGAAUCACCACGCAAAUCUAAUACAACAAAUUCAAGAAGCAAGACGAUGGAGAAGUACAAAGUUAUCAGAGAGCUAAAAGAAGUGAAUAUGAUGCCUGCUUCACCUGCUUUUGAACCUAUCGAAAUGACGACCAAAAAUAUUAGUGAAGCAUUUCUGAAGCACAAAGAUUCGGAUGAGAAAUUAGCAGUAUCAAAGAUUAUCAAGCGAAAUUCUUCCAAGAAGCUACUUCAAUCAGUGAAGAUUGCUGAUUCAACUCAAUCAUUUCUGGAAGGUUAUUCUAAUAAAGUCACAGAUUCUGAUAAAGUCACAGAUCGUAUUCACCGUCGUCACACCGCACCCGUAAAAGCCAGUACACUUUUGAAACGUAAUCAGCCGAACAGCGUGACUACGGGUUUGAAAACUCCACAGUCUCGCGCGCGAGAAAGGCACUCAACAACGUUAAGUUUAAGGAUGAAUGGAAUGGAUAAAGAUUCGGGGCUAGUUACUUCGGUCCUAGAAAAAAAGAAGCGUCGUAGUGAAAGUGUGAGUGGUGAUUCAAGUGACAAAAUUUCUGUUAACGAUGACGAAGAUGAGACCAUACAAGGAAUUCAAGCUUUCAGUGCAGAAGCACUUUUAGAACAGAAAUGUAUGGAGUCGCGACAGCGACGAGCCAAGCGACAGAAACGACGGGAGGAAGCGAUUGACUCCAUGCAAACAGUACCAAUGCAGUAUACUAUUGAAUCAACUCCGAGGACUUCACUUCUGGAUGAUGUAACAAAUGAAAUAAAUCGCUUAGAAAGAGAUCGUGAAGUUGCAAACAAGUUGAUUAGAGAUGAGAAAAAUACCCUAUUUUCGAGUGUCACCGGGAAGAAUCACGAUUUGGAUUCAGUCUCUGCCAGAGGUUGCUUUUUGUAUAUUUCAAAAAAAAUUUCUCUGCAGAGUUGUCACUUCCAUCAGAUGCUUCGAAACAUUCACUUUUAUUCACCAUCAGCCAACAUCAAUGUCCAGUCAAUUACUUUAUUUCUUAAUGUACCGUCUUCUACUAUUACAGCGGCAUGCAACAAAAUGUUACAUGUGGAAUCAUUGAAGCGUGUGUCAGAACAGGGAAAUGUUCAGUUAGCUCACGAUGGUGAGGAUGCCGGUAGAAAUAGCGUAGAAAGCAGUGAUCGAUUAAAUGAUUUUGGGGAGGAUUUCUCAAAGUCUGAUGCCAUUAAAAUGCAACUUUUGAGUGCAAGGAAUGAAAACGAUAUAAUAGCAGGUCCUGCUUAUAUGCCAUCUGGAUCGCGGCCGAGUGUUUUAUCUAUAAAAUCUAAUAAUCGUGGUAUGGUAAGACAACGCGUCAACCAUUUCGCACGGUUGGGAAUACAAAAAACUAUUGAAGAGCAGGGUUCCAAAACAGGACUUCAGUGCCAACAUGGUAAAUAUGCAUCUUCAUCUCUUCAGAAACUCUCUGCUCCUCCCGCUUCACACGGCUUGCAACCGAUUGCUGGAAAUGUAUCUUCAGCUUCGCGAGAGAUUGUAAUGAAGCGAGCGAAAAAAUUUGAAGCAUUAGCAACAUCGGUCGGUAUGGAAGCGUGCAAUUUCCGUCCCGCAACACGCAGCAGACUCGCAAAAAUCCAAAAGCAAAACAAUCUGAAGACACCCCGCCAUUUGAGUGGAGAAAUGCGGGUUAUGCGACGUUCUCAAGCUAGACUUGAUAAAUCUCUUGAGAAACUUGCAGUUAGUCUUAAUAAUCGUCGCUUACUGGGACAGGCUUCGUUCAUUCAACGCAAACGGUAG